GGGGUCGGCACGGGAAUCGAGACCUCACAGGACAGUGACCUACGUGGACCACUUCACUACGUACAAGGGAGCCGGGAGUACAUGUCACAUUUAUAAAUGUGACAUUCCAGAAGCGUCGAAGUUUCGCAAGACGUCCGUGAAACAGCCUAAAGGAUUUUCUUCGGUGGUUGAGUCUGUGGAUAAAAAAACUGCUAGAAUACAACUUCGGAGUUCUGGGGUACCACAUUAAUUCGCUGGGCGCAGCAGAGGACUUAGCGGAGAGUAGAGGCACCUGAGGACGACCGGACAGAGGGAGGAGAACCACGGCCUGGCUCUAAGGGGUGUGUGAGAGCAGCGACAUGAAGCCCCUUCUGCUGUCCCUGCUUGUCUGCAUCCUCCUGCCACCUUUCGCCCUUGCCAGCUUCUGCCCCAAGGACUGCGCUUGUACCAGCCCAGACUCCAUUAUCUGUUUCCAGCGCCGAGCCGCGACCAUGCCGUCCGGUGUGCCGCCGCUGACCAAAAACCUCUAUGUCUUCCAGAAUGGCAUUGAGAGCCUGCACCGGGAUGAAUUCAUCGGGCUGGAGAACCUGGAGUUGCUAGACUUAAGUCAGAACAAGAUAACUCAGCUGCCAAAUCACGUGUUUGAGACGCUCACUUCCCUCCGCAACCUGGACCUCUCGUCUAACCAAAUUAAUCACAUUUCCCAGGAUAGCUUUGCCGGCCUGGAAUUGCUGGAGAGGCUAUAUCUGUAUAACAAUGCCAUAACAAGCAUCCACCCUGCCGCCUUUGAUGGUCUGGAGCAGCUGCUUGAGCUAAAAUUGCAGGGGAACAAGCUGACCAUGUUGCCUCCUCUCAAAAUGCCCCGCCUGCUCCUGCUAGACCUGCGGUUGAAUAUGAUUCCUUCCCCAGGGCCAACUGACCUUCAGACCCCAAAACUGGAGUCACUGAAGCUGGGUGGACUAGGGAUAAAGAACCUGAAUGAGGAACUCCUGGGUAGCUUCAAGAACCUGCAUGAGCUGGACAUCUCGAACAACCAGCUAAAUGCUUUUCCUCCUAUACUGCGGGAAGCAAGAGGCCUGGUCAUACUCAGUAUGGCUGGUAAUCCCAUGGGUCCUCUGAGGUGGGAAGACUUUGGGUACCUGGCAGAGCUCCAGGAGCUGGACAUCAGCAACCUCAGUUUGCAGAGCCUGCCGGAGAGCAUGACUCAGCUUUUCCCUAACCUCAAGAGACUUACUGUUGCAGAGAACCCAUUUAACUGCCUCUGCACGAUGGCUUGGUUUCCCAGCUGGCUGUGGGACCAACAGAUCCAGCUGGGCAGGACAGAGGAGACACGCUGUCAUUUUCCACCACGGAAUGCAGGAGAGGUUCUGGAGAGACUGAAGCAUCGGGACUUCGGAUGCCCCACAACUACCACCAUCACUACCAGCACGCUUAAGACCACCACACAGGCCCCUGCCUUGAUCACCACUGUGCACAGUACGACGCACGCCACUCCCCUUCUCAAGCCUAGCGAUGACCCAUUGAUGGAGGCUGGCAGUGACCUGCCACCACUAGUCCCAGCUUCCCCCAGCAGCAUUACAGACUUAGAUGUGAGGUUUAGCUUGUGUCUGUCUAACAUCUGCUUAAACGGAGGCACGUGUUGGGUGGACCGUCAAGGUCACCAUGAGUGCACUUGUCCACGUGGGACAUCAGGGAAAUACUGCCAGAACGAAGAUGACCCGCCUCCAUCUGAGGAUGUCACUACAGCAACAGUUACUAUGGAGCCAGAGAUCAUUGCUCAGAUCGUGAAGAGCUCAUCUAUACUGCUGGACCUCCAUCGCUACAUUGAGAUGCGGCCAUACAUCCGGGGGGUCAGGCUGACCUACAGAAACCUCUCGGGGGCAGAUAAACGCCCCAAGCAGCUCAAUAUACCAGCCUCUUACCCGGAGUAUACGCUGCGCGGACUCCAACCCAAUUCCACGUACUCCGUGUGCGCUAGUCCGCUGGGUGAACCCAGUGAUGUGGACAGCAUGUGCACAGAGGUGCGGACUUCCAGCCAGCAGGCCGCCACCGCACGAAUGGAGGACCGACAGCUCACCACGACGCUCGUGCCAGCAGUGGCUAUUCUUCUCCUGUUGGUGCUGGUAGCUGUUGCUGUGGGUGUGGCUUGCUACAUGCACAGGAAACGAACACAUCUAGAACUGGAGUGUAACCAUUCACAGCUGGAGUUGGAGGGGGUUAAGGCGGGCUUGGACAAUGGGACCCUCCCCCAAAAACAGUCCGAGAGUUUGUUCACUCCAUCAGUUGUGCAGAAUGGUGCACUGGACUACGAGGUGCAGCUCAUGCAGGAGCACAACACUGCUAACAACAACACAAACUCUUUAAAGCCAUCUUACUUUUGAUAUCGGAGGCUGUUUUAUUUUAAUGCGUAAACUACAUGGCUCUUUUUAAUAAAACAGGUCAAAUGUCUAUAUGCCUACUCGAAGGGGACAAACCAGCAAGUCAGUCCUUAAUUAGGGGAAAAAAAAAGUCUUUUUUAUACCCCUUUAUGUGCCUUCAGUCACAUCAGUUGUAACCACAACUGACUGACCCCGAUUAUUCAGCACAACAUAGCGUGAACUGUGAACCCUCUAAUGAAUAUAAUCAGUUUGGAAACCUUAAAAGCAUUGGAAGGACUCUGAUGCAUGUUAUCAGAAUUUAAAAGACCAAGUCGUGUCUCCCUAGUGAAUACAUCCUCCAGCUCUAUCUGACCUGUGCCUCUCGAUGCAUUACGCAGCUUUAUAUGGGACAUACUGAGACUGCCGCGAAACAGCUAUCCCCAAAUUAAAAACUGAACAAAUUUUAGGCAACGUUUUGCUGUGUAGCACCUGCGUGACAGUCAAGAGGCGUUACUUGCUGUGAGCAAAUGUCCAACAUCAGCGCUGGAAAAUGAACUGUGGACUGCUUCCCUCGUCCACCGGCUAAGGCUGGGCAGGCUUGUGCUAGUGAGACAUGAAGUCAGCACUUCUGUGUGAGCUUGUAUAUUUUGUUACUGUAUUACUAUUUUUGUCUGUAUUUUAUACACACAUCACUGUUGUCAGGCCUCUUUCCUUCACUUCUUGCUACUAAUAAGCAGGAAAAAACCAAGAGAUUAAGACCUUUGAAGAUUAAAACUCGAAUGUACCGCCAAGUCAGUAAAAGGCUUUACCCUACAAAUGUCAGACAGUCUUAAGUGGUUGAAGGUCUGUGCAGCCUUGAAACUAAAUCUCCUUCACUCUUUGGUCUCCUUCACACAUAGGGGAGGUUCAGCUCAUCAGGAUAACCGAAGUUCCAAAAGUAAACUCAAAUUCCCACUGAAGCAUGAUACACUUAGCAUUGCUUCAGACACGUAGCCAUAUGAAGUACUUCAAACCACACGUAAAAGCAAACCAGAAACUUUGCCUUAAAGCCUUUUUUACGGCUUCGUUUAUCAUUUAUUUCCCCUGGGCACUGCACUCGUACUAUAGCACGGGUAGGAAAGUACGUGAAUACUUUUCCUACAGGUAAAAUUAACCUCUCCACCAUUAAGCAGUUGUCUAGCCAAGCUUUGCUCAUAUGUUUCAAAUGCUCAUAGUCAAGAUUUAGCAAGGGAACGGCAUGCUCUGCUGAGUCCUGUCACUGAGCUAAGGCGCUAUGUGAAGUGAGGGAGAAAAAGAAGAAUUUAUGCAAUCAAGAUUUACACAACAUUCCCCAAGCUUAAGCCAACGUCUCAAACGAGAAUCAGAACGAUGCGGUACGCAGCUACACAUCAAGACUAUCGGCCAAUACCUGAACAAACACAGCAUCAUGCAUGCCACCCAGUACGUAUCACCAGACACAAAAGCGUUUUAAACUGGGCAAACCCCCACAUCAAUACACCACAUCUGUUUAGCAAAAGAUUGUGCACAACAGUCAAGAGGCUUAGUAUAAGCCCUGCGAUUUGGGCUGAGGGAAAAGCCGCAGUCGCGGACGUCAUCAUUCUUAACCCUCGCUUAGCUUCCCUGUGAGCCUCAGGGAGAAGGCAGACAGUGUGCCCUUUGGCCUCUGUGAGGAACUCUAUUACUGUUUCAGCACUUGGUCAAUUAAGCUUUAGACAAUCAUGGCAAUGCCCGCUUUUGAAAACACAGCCUUGUCCAACACGCCGUCUGAAUGGCACAGUUAUCAGUGGGUGGGAGCAUCCUAACUGGAACAUGAGUGUUAACGGUUUGAAGCAUUGGAAAUAUUCCUGAAUAUUUUCGAUAUGUUUGUGACUAUUUUUCCCUGUUAAUUUUGGGAAAUUCUUUUUUGUGUGUCCUGUCUAUUCAGAAGUAUGUAUAUUUGUAACUUGCAAAUGUUUAAAUAAAUCAGCACAAAAAACUAAAACUAAAAAGCCAUAAAUUAACAUGUGUAUUGUUCUCAGUAAGACUACCUGAACAUGAGUAAACUGCCUCUCACUGUCUGAAUCUUUAAAAAAGCCACAA